GGUGUAUUAGUCAUCAAGUACUGACUUAUUUAUCAUGAAUGAAACUAUAUUACAGGUUUUAUGUUUAUUAUAGUAUCAUGACAAAAGUGGUUCAUAACUCAACAACUUACUUUAUUUUGGCUGCUAAUACCGCAUAAAGAAUAUAUCUCUAUGUAUAAUAUUGUUAAAAGAAUGAAGGAAUGAUGUGCUAAAACUUCCUUCACUUAACUGAUUGUACAGUUAAAAGUUAUUCAAUACUGGAAAAACAUUUGAACAAGCUGAUAUAUUUACAGAAACUAAGGAUCCAAGGUUGAAAAGUUAUUAGUCAUCAUUUAUCAAAAAUCGUAAUAUCUGUAAUCACAAUAAACACUAUAGAUUAAUUAUCAAAUAAUCUAUCACUAUUUUUUAAGAAAAAAAAAAUCUUAAGCUUUGAGCAACAACCUCGGUUGUUACAAUCUCUGGACAAAUUUACAUGUAGCAAAAAAACAAAAAGCACAUUUUGUAUUGAGUGCUGAGCGGUGUCUCUGGUGUCAAGGCUUCAAGGUACCCACCUGAGAUGGUUAUCAGAUACCAAUGUUAAUAACUCUUCAAGCUCACAAAAGACAUGAACUUUUUAUCAUCAUAAACUACAAUCUAGUGACAGAUAGCGAUAGGUUGAGAUUCUAAUUAAGGUACCACAAUGAGAUGGUGUCGCUAAGUGAAGAUGUUUAUGAUAGCAAGUUCAAAAGACAUUAAUUGGAACCGAUCACAAGCACAUCCCGAACCACAAACUUCUGGGAUUAGCCUAUUUGCUAUGGUUAUAACUGCAUGCUAAUUGUUUAAUAUCCAUGCAGAAGGUAAUAGACAUGCUGCUUCCCAUCGACAACUAACAAUGAAAAAUGCAAUUUACUCCAAGCAGAUAGAGUUGCAUGAACAAAUAGGCCAAGGGACAACUGCUGACAUAUACAGGGGGACUUGGCGAGGCCUUGAUGUUGCUGUUAAGUGGAUAUACCCUACAUACUUCCAAUUAAAUGAAGGUGGUGAAGCAUUCUUUGCACAGGAACUUGAUACUCUUUCACGUCAACACCACCCUUAUGUGUUGCGAUUAAUUGGCGCAUGUCUCCUGCCACCAGAAAAUGGAUGGGUGGUCACAGAGCUGUUGAGUGGAAAGACUUUAAAAGAAUGGCUGCAUGGGAAUAAGAAGAGGCAAAGAGAAAGGUCAGUACCUCUUCCCCCUUUGAAAGAAAGGAUAGAGAAGGGAUUGGAAAUUGCUCAGGCGAUGCAAUACCUUCACGAACAAAAACCCAAGGUCACCCACAGAGACUUGAAGCCAAGUAACAUACUCCUGGAUGAUUGUUUGCAUGUGCGAGUGGCUGACUUUGGGCAUGCUAGAUUCCUGCCUGAGGGAGAGGCAGCACUAACAGGAGAAUUGGGUAAGAAUCUAAUGUCUACAAACUUGCGUGAAGUAAUGAAGGAUUGCAUAUUGUCCAUGAAAAUCAUCAUCCAACAGAUGCCAAUUCUCAAAUGCCAUCCCUUGCCCUUACAAAAAUCUCGGCCUCAAACCUGGAAACCAGGUGACUGCUAGACUGCAGGGAAUUUUUUUUUCCUUCAUAGUUGGUCAGAUAUGUAACACACGAUUUAAUUGAAGCCAACCUUAUCUUCAGUUCAGUUCUCAAUACAGUAAAAGACUGGGCUACUGAUGUGAGAUUAAGUCAUCAAUUCAUCCUGAAUUUUUAGUAACGACCAGCAAUAGAAAAACAUCAUUUCAAUUAAAUAACCAGGUGCAUAACAUGCACAGGGCUGACCUUUCAUAUAUCCUGACAGAGGGACAAACAAAUUUAUGUUCAAUAGUUAGCAAGAAGGAAAAAAAAACUUUGUAUUAAUAUUAAAUUAAUUUGCUUCUGUAAUGUUUGACUCCUAAAUGCUUCGUCUUCAAUUUUCAGGGACUUAUGAGUACAUGGCACCUGAGGUAAUCCGUUGUGAACCAUAUAAUGAAAAAUGUGAUGUUUAUAGCUUUGGCAUCAUAUUGAAUGAGCUGAUCACCGGUCAACAUCCAUACAUAGAGACCAGCUUCAAUCCUAGUAAGGUAUAAUCCAAUCACCUGCUCAGACCUUCAAGAUGAACCUUCCUAAACAUGUAUGCUCUAGCUUUCUAGGAACAAUAUGCAUAUGGUUCACAAUAAUAAUGCAUUUCAGAUAUUAUCUUAUGUUGAAGCAAGUCAAAAUUAUCUUUGUAAUAUCAAAUAACAAGCCAAAUCUAAAAAUUCUGAACUUGAGUAGUCCCUAAGUACAUUAAACAUCAUAUCACAAGUUCAAUAUCUUUCCCCAAAAGUUACUGGGAGCUACUCCACACUUCCCAGCUACUAACAAGCAAUGUAUAUGCCCACCAAGCUUCUGCGAAGAUACUAAAUUUACCCAAAAAAACUCAAUGCCCAUAAAUAAAGUCAUGCAAAAGAUCAAGGUGCAAUCUAGAUCUUGAUAAAAUCAUGCUGUCGUGCAAUUUCUUUUCAUGCAAAGAUCAGCAGAUAAUCUUAUUCUUAUAUGCGUUCCCUUACAGAUUGCAUUGGAAGUUGGAGAAGGCAGGCUUCGGCCAGCACUGCCCGAGGAUGAUGGCCAAUUCAAAGAGCUCAUAGACCUCAUAUGUUGUUCAUGGAAUGAAGAUGCUUCAACUAGACCUUCAUUUGCAAUUAUCACUUCUAACCUUAGAACGAUUCAGAAGAAAUUCAACUAGAUUUAGAUGCUUAUUGUAAUUAGUAAUGAUUAUUAACAUGAAAAUGAAAAAGAAAAAAAAGAACCAGACAAAGCAAACAUGUAUGGCCUAGAGCCAACAUGGUCGUUUAUUCAAUUUCUUUCAGGAAAAACUGGCAGUUUCUAGCUGCAAUCCCACUCCAAGACUCUAAUUUUGCAAUUCUACAGCAGAAUAUUUCUUUCUUAAUUCAUGUUUCAGAAUACAUAACCAUGCAUGAAUGCAAUUACGGGAGUCAAGAGGCCCUGGCUUAAGUCAAAUUCAGUUUUAUGUGUUUCUGGUCUAAGUCACAUGAAUACAACAUUAUCUCCUCCAGAGGGAGAGUGACUUGACAGCGGUGGUUGGCAAAUAUGGGCCCAGAAUGGGUAGUUUUAUAGUUUGGGAGGCAACAUUUCCUCCAAAGUCUGACCUGAGAGGGUAUUGAGACAAUAAUAUAGCUUGUAUAGCUUAUAUCUGAGAAAACAAAUAUUAGUAUUUCAUAUGUAAUGAUUUCUAAUAAUGCCAAGACAUCAUUAUGCUGGAAUGCAGGGAGAAAAGAAUUCUUCUGCAGACAAGAUGUUAGACAAACAAGUGGCAACAAUGGCAUGACACAACAUA